ACAAAGCAACGUAACUAAAGCGAUAUGGCAGCCCUACAUACCAAUCAGCUGUUUGAUUUGCACACUGCAUUUCAAUUUGUUAUUUAAUACAUUCAGCAGAACAAGUUGCUGUUUAUGUGGAAAUUGAUCAAUUAAAACAGACGAAAUGCAAUCUCUGAGGUACAGUCACAUUUUACGUGGCUUUAAAUUGAACUGGUGUCGCCGACUGUUGACACAAAGUUGCACGGGCAGUGAGCAAUUGGAGCUGACAAGUGAGCUGAAACAUCGAAUUGAGAAGCACUGGAAUGAACACAUGAACAAUGCUCACUUUAAUACUAAAGAUGUACAAAAUAAAUUCUACGUGCUGUCUAUGUUUCCGUAUCCCUCAGGCAAUUUGCACAUGGGGCACGUGCGCGUUUAUACGAUCAGCGAUGCAGUUGCUCGAUUUCAGCGGAUGUGCGGCAAGAAUGUAUUUCAGCCCAUCGGCUGGGAUUCAUUUGGAUUGCCAGCCGAGAAUGCAGCAAAUGAACGAGGAGUAGCACCUGCUGAAUGGACCCAAAAGAAUAUCGCCCAAAUGAAGCAACAAUUGGAACGGCUGGGUUGUUCCUUCGACUGGGCACACGAGCUGUCGUCCAGCAGUCCAGAGUACUACAAAUGGACGCAGAGCUUGUUUCUUAUGCUGCACAAGCGAGGACUGGCGUAUCAAAACGAGGCCCUAGUUAACUGGGAUCCAGUGGAUAAAACAGUGCUUGCUGAUGAACAGGUCGACGCUAAUGGCUGCUCUUGGCGCUCCGGUGCCAAAGUGGAAAAGAAACUGUUGAAGCAAUGGUUCAUACGCACGACCGCGUAUGCCAAGCAGCUGCUCGAUGGCCUGGAUGAUCCCACACUGCGCGAUUGGCGAGAUAUUAUAAAUCUACAACGCCAUUGGAUUGGCGAGUGCAAUGGAUAUGCCUUCACGUUGCCAACCUCUGCCUCGAAUCUGCUGCGCGUGUGGACUUCAAAUCCUGAACAUCUUAAGGAUCCGCACGCCUUCCUCGUACUGCGCAGCAAACAUCAUUUAAGACAACUAAACGAUGCGGAACAGUUGAGCGUGGAGAAUCCAUUUGCGGAGACUACGAUACCUGUGGUUUUCAAUGAUGAGGCCGCUUUUCCGGCGGAUUGUGAUGUCUACUUAGCUGCGCCUACCUUUCGCGCUGAGGAUCGUGAAUUGUGGGACAGCCUAGGCUUGGCUUUCUGCAUCACUAAGAAAGAUGAGGAACGUAUUAAUCCUGGCAACUGGGAGCAUCUACGCAAAGAGGUGCUACAGGCUGCAAGGAGACUGAACGUUGGUGGCUAUCGUGUUUCCUCCAAGUUGAAGGAUUGGCUUAUCUCACGACAACGCUACUGGGGCACACCCAUACCUAUUGUACACUGUCCCAAAUGUGGAGCUGUGCCCGUUCCGGAACAACAGCUGCCCGUUACAUUGCCUUCACGGGAUGCUGGCAAGGAUGCGCUGCGCUGCGACUGUCCCAAAUGUGGGCAAUCCGGGGCACAGCGAGAAACUGAUACUAUGGAUACUUUUGUGGACAGCUCCUGGUACUAUCUGCGCUAUUUAGACGCGCACAAUGCAAAUGAAAUCUUUGAUGCCACGCUAGCGAACAAUUUUAUGCCUGUGGAUUUGUACAUAGGAGGCAAAGAGCAUGCUGUGCUACAUCUUUACUAUGCUCGAUUUAUGAACCACUUCUUGCACAGCUGCGGCCUAUCACCGACUUCGGAGCCUUUCUCUCGUCUGCUCGUUCAGGGCAUGGUGAUGUCGCGCUCCUUUAGAGUGAAAGGCAGUGGUCGAUAUGUACGUGAGUCGGAGGUGGAGAUUGUGAAUGCCAAAAAGAAUCAAGCGCUACUGAAGACCACCAAAGAGCCUGUGGUCAUGAGCUGGGAGAAGAUGUCCAAGUCGAAGCUCAAUGGUGUCGAGCCGGAUGAUAUCUUCAAUGAAUACGGCACGGAUACAGCCAGGCUGAUUAUUCUUGCAGAUGUGGCACCUACAUCACAUCGCAAUUGGUCGAGCGCCACCUUUCCUGGCAUUCUUAACUGGCAGAAGCGCUUGUGGCUUACUUUGGAUGAGUUCAAGGCAGCUCGGGAAGAGCAGCCCCAAGCGGAACUAGCGGACACAGCUAGCGAAGCAUUUCUGGCCGAGGAUGCAAAACUCUUUGAUGCACGCAAUUUCUAUGUGAAAGGCGCCACCUUUAACUAUCGCCAUGCGCAUCAGCUGAGCGUGGCUAUAUCCAAAAUGCAGGGACUAACCAAUUCUUUGAGACGCACUCCCAAGCACAUUCAAUGUCUGGGCAAACAAUAUGAGCGGGCUUUGGCAGCUCAGAUCAUUAUGCUGGCACCAAUGGCGCCUCACUUUGCCUCCGAGCUGUGGUCAAAGUUUGUCUCCGUACCGGGUCGCCUGAAUGUUGAGUGUGAAGAGCUGCAGUGGACAAAGGAUGUGCUGGCACAACGCUGGCCCGAUGUGGAUGCGGCCUACCAGGUCGAUCUCAGCAUCAGAAUCAACGGGUUUGAGAAUUGUGUGAUAAAGGUCGCGCGCAAUCAAGUGGACAAGAUUAAUCACAGCGAUGCCAUGGACAUUGCCUUCAAUACGGAGUCGGUGACAUCCUAUCUAAUUGAUAAGAAAAUACGCACAACCAAUUUUAUUAUCUACCCAGGCAUCGAGGCCAUACUCAACAUUUAUGUAGACAAGCUGAAAAAGACUCAAAAGUCAGCGAAAAGCAGCAGUGAUGCGGACAAACUAGAGGCCGAGUAGUCAUCGACAUUGAUUAGGAUUUCGAUUUAUGUAUAUAUGGCAUAGCAUUUGUUUAGAUAGGUUAUGUGUCUUAUGGCAGAAUCUUGAGCUCAUGGAAUAAGCUUUAACCUAGGGGUGCAAAAGGCAAGCCGCAUUAUGCUCUUGCAGAGGGUAUUGUAGUUAUAGUAGGAACUAUAGAUUAGAAAGAUAAAAUAUAUGUAUGCCUGACCUGUAUCUAUCAGCUAUAUCCGUUUAUCCGUCGUCUGUUUUAAUAUAUAACGAAACUUUCCCUUUUUAUUAUCUACAUUUUUAAACUUCACAAUAUUCAACCUACUGUAUAGUAAGGAUCUGUUCUUACAAGUUAAAUUGAUAGAGAUCAACAUCUUUUCCCUCAUAGGAACAAUCUGCUCUCUGCAAAAGUCUUUCCAAACUUUGGUCAG